AUGCAAUUGUUCAUCAGAAAACCCUCACCGCCUUACCCAAUUUUCAUCCUAAUCGUUAUUUUAACCACCCAUUUCCUACCCACCGUCCGAUCAAGCCCCAAUUUCCUCAAAUUACCCUCCGACCAAGAAGAAGAUGGAAGUCUCUGCUCCUCAAAUUUGAAACCCGAUUUCUGCCCCGUAAAGUGCUUCCGACCAGAUCCGGUAUGCGGCGCCGAUGGGGUGACCUACUGGUGCGGCUGCGCAGACGCGCAUUGCGCGGGGACGCCCGUGAGGAAAUUGGGGUUUUGUGAGGUAGGCAAUGGCGGGUCGAGCCCGGUGGGCCAGGCCCUGUUGCUGGUUCACAUGAUUUGGCUCAUAUUGCUGGGAGUCUUCGUUUUGUUCGGGCUUCUUUGA